GCUACUGUGUCCCAGGAACCUUGAAGAACUGAGACAACCUUUCACCAGGCUCCUUAAAGAAGUUCCCUGUGUCUAUUUGCUAAAGAAAAGUUCCAGUGGGUCCAUCCAACACAUGGAACUUAAGUACAGAAAUUAUAUUUAUCCACCCUUCUGCCAAGGAAAUCACAUGCCCCAUGAGUCACUCCAGAUGUGCUCAAAAACAGAGUCUGUCUGUGAAAGCGGAGUCCCCCAAUUCCAGGGAGAGCUGGAUUAAGAGGUGCUGACUUCUGUCCCACCCAGGAGGGCAGGCAGGUCCUUCCUUCCAAGGAAAGGGGAAGGCGUUUCUCAAUUUCUGAGAGGGGAAGGGCAAUAAGAUAGAUACACACUUCUUAGUCGACUUAUAUGCUGCAACACCCACAGAUAUUGGGGUUCUGUGUAGCUUUAAAGGUGUUUUUUCACUUGAAGUAAAAGAUGUGUUGGAAGACAUUAAUGCUUCUCUUGCUAUAUUACAAUGCUCAAGCUACCCUGGCCCGCAGAUGGAGCAGAGCUGUGCUCUUCCCUUCUGCUCAUCGGUCUAAGAGAUCGUCUUCAGGCCCUGCCAAUCCAGUGCUGCAGAACUCCCUAGAGGAGGUAGAGCUACUCUAUGAGUUUCUUCUAGCUGAACUUGAGAUCAGCCAAGACCUAAAGAUCUCCAUCAAAGAUGAGGAGCUCUCCUCCCUGCGGAAGGCCUCUGACUUCAACACCAUCUGCAAUGAAGUCAUCCCCAAGAGCAUCACAGACAUUCGACGGCUGAGUGCUUACCUCUCUGAGCGGAUUGGCAUUCUCAAAAGGGAAGAUUUUGAACGGACAGCACUAACCCUAGCCUAUACGGCCUAUAGAACAGCCCUGGCCCAAGGGUUCCAGAAAGACAUAUGGGCCCAGUCUCUCCUUAGCCUCUUCCAAGCUCUGAGACAUGACUUGAUGAGGUCUUCUGGGCCCAAGCAUUUCCAGUGAGAGACACCUGGAACACUGAGGGGGAGGGAGAGAUGUCAGCAACCCAUGGCUUUUCCUAGCUUGUCACACAAUAACCUAGAAGCACACUCUACUUGGAAAGAGAGGUAGCAAUAAAAAAAUAGGGAAAAAAAUAA